ACAAGACAUUCGCUUGGGUAGUUUAUAAGAUCCAACAUCCCUUUGUAUAUGCCCAAAUUUAACAAAAUGAGUGAAGAGAUUGAAUUAAAUACACCCAAAGUAAAUUGUGGUGUUUGGACUGCAAUUGAAAAUUUUAUAAAUAAGGAAAACAAUGAAAUGAUAUGGGACAACAAAAACGUGCCAAAAGUGUCAGUAACACGAAAGAAAGAAAAGUUCAAAGCCAGCAGAAAAUAUUUGCCAUCAACUAUACCAACGUGUGCGUCUAGGCGGGGAUCAUCUCGCCGUAGCUCUGUACGCAUUAUGCCCGGUCAGAAUGCCACUGCAAUUGCAAAUGCUUUCGCACAAAAGGCGCUCGUUUUACGAAACACCAGAAAUGAGUAUGCUGAAGAGGUGUUUGAAAAGAGUAAAAGAUUGUUACAAACGUGCAAUAUUCCAAUUAUUGAUUGCAGUUUCAACCUACCGCGUGUAAACGCACAACUUGAACGAAUAAUGGGUUCGAACGUUGUGCAUCUUACUGACAAAAAAUACAUGUCGGAGCUAAGGCGACGCAUCACUGAGGACUUUGAAAAUAUGUUGACGAAACGAAUUCAUCAGCGCAAGGCGGAAGAAGUACAGCGGCAAAGAGUUUUAUUGAUGGAGGGAAAGCUACCAAAAUGUCCCAAAGAACUAAAGAAUCAUCCAGUACUUGUGAUGAAUGAAUCUACAACAAAUUUUGCGAUUAAAAGAAGAGCAAGACUCAAAACUGAACGAGAACGUGUUUCUGAACGAAUGAAUCGAUUGGCAAAAAAGUGGGAAGCAGAGCAUAUAUUAUGGGAAGAAAGAGAACGACAAAACGAAGUUGAAAUGAAAUUAAAAGAAAUGGAAUUAUUGUCAACUGACAAGAGUUUAGUUAAAAAACUCGAAAAUGCAGAAAAACGGCGAGCACUUGUGAAAUGUUUCAGAAGGGGUACAAUGAAUAUGGAGAACUUUCUUGCAACAGAAACAGCAUUGAUGUUAAACCGUCUCAAACCAAAAGAGAAAAAGUUUAUACCAUUUACGAGGGAUAUAAGAGUUGUUGACGCAAAGCGCCGAAUGAGUGAGGCUUCUGUUCAAAAAUUAAAGUCAAUUGCAGCAAAACUUAGAGCUUCGGAUACUGAGGGUACAUUUCAGAGUGAAAAUUCAGACGAUAAUACCAACGCUAGUCAAAUGGAUAGUGAUACUGCCAGUCAAGCUAGCACUAAACCUAAGAAAUCAAAGGGCAUAUUCUCAUUCUUCAAGUUGAAAAAAUUAAAAGCUGAUCAGCCAAAUAAAUCACAAGAAGAUAGUCCAGAAAAGACAAAAAGCAUAACAAGUGAAGAUGAUGUCGAAAAUAUACAGACAAGGGACAUUUAUAUGGAUCCAGUGAUUGCCAAACUCAAAAGCGCAAAGAAUGUCCGAGAAUUAUACAGCGUAGCAGAAAAAAUUGUUGGAAUUAACAUUGAGAAUAUUUUAGAUAAAAGCAAGAGUGACGAAGGUGAAGAUGAUGCAACUUAA